CUCUUGAGCACAUAUAUAACGCUUGGCUUAGUAUUUGUGCCAAAAAUUGUUCAUCUACAUCGGAUACCAAAGCGUGGUGAUGAAAGCAAUGGUACCAAACCACUGUAUCAUCCAAAUUUAUCAAAAAUCGAACAGAAGAGGUAUCAGCAGCUCACCAAUGAAAAUGCCGAUCUAAAGUUGCAAGUGGAGCACAAAGAAAAGAGAAUUGCGGACUUUCGGCAACGGCUUGGCAAAUACGUUCAGGAAACGGCUGGUAUUGCGCUUCGUGAACGAGUUUGUGGUAGUAUUAGCGAUGAAAUUACGACGCAGUCAUCUUCAACAAUACUUAAAACAACUGCUCUUUUGGAAGCUCGUGAAAAUACGGGUUAG